AUGGUUGUGUUGAAAUGGCAGACAACAUUGGAGAGAGCGAGUGAGGAGGACUUGUGUGUUCAGUUCCAGCAUAGAUUUAGGCGAGAGAUCCUUGUUGCAGUCAAUGUAUUUCAGCUGACUGACUUGCUCACUCUGUCGUGGACCAACUGUGAUAACUGUGGAAAACUGAGACACACUGUGAAUGUUUGCUUGAUUGCUCUUAAGAAGAGUGGCAGUGCGAGUAUCAGCCAGAGACCUGAGUCGAGAGGAAGCACAGGGCUGAAGCCGAGCAUUCCAGGGAAGGUAUUUGCCAUUAGUAGGGCAGAUGCUUCACAGUCUGAGGAGCUGAUCAGAGGUAAAUGCGUUGUUAAGGGCAUAUUGCUAGAUGUGUUGUUUGACUCAGGUGCUACGCAAUCAUUCGUUUCUAUGGACUAUGUGAAGUGUUUGGACUUACAUGUGAUUGAAUUGCUGUGUAAUGUUGUGGUGACUAACCCUACGAGUAAACCAGUCAUAUCCUCGUGGGUGUGUUUGGGGUAUUCUGUGAUAGUGUAUAGUAGAGACUUUGACAUAGACUUGAUCUGUUUGCCUUCUUCCUAA